AUGGCGAUCCACGAUGAUAUUCCCGGUCUAGAAGUCGUACUUUGUAUGCCGGGUACAGAUAUUCUAGAAGAGAGCGAGUUAGAGAACGAGCCGCACCCGCUCCUCGGGAUACAAUCACUGGCCGCAGCAGAUAUCCAAUACCAGAGAACGGUGACACGACAAGUGGAAGGGGAACCCGGAGAGAUAUUUUCCAUCAGGAUUACGCUGGAGCCGGACUUUGUGUUUGAUGGCCGUGUUCUGGUAUUCGUUGUAUCCGUCGAUGGCCAGACAAUCGGGCAGCAUCCGCAUCUAUCGCGAGAGUAUUUCAUGUCUUGCAUAGCCAAUGAGAUUUCCUGCGCACACUUGUUCAUGGCACCUGAAUUUAGAUUCAGUCAUGCCGAGCGUUCCAUUCUGUCAAGCCAACCUAGCGGCAGCAUCGUCGUCAGAGUCUACCACAAAAGGACAUUCGAUGGAAUACGGAAGAGAAAUCAAGGAUCAAAAGGAUCCAUUUCCCCUCAGAAAUUUUUGCAGGGUGGAAAUUGCCGCUCCGCAUUAUCAAGUCCACUGUCGGAUUGCGCCUCAGGAGGGGGCAACGAGCCGAUCGAACUCAUUGACGAUUCAGGCAUUCCUCACGCCAUAUUCCACUUCAAAUAUUCCCGCACGACUAGCAUGCUCACUUUAACUGGCUUGGAAGACCUCACAGCCAGCCAGACCAAGCGGGUCAUGAAACUACUGGCGGACAAUCGUGGUUGCGCAGACUGUGGCAAGUCUGAGGCCAAGAACGAUAUCGAACACACGCGUCCAGAUGCUCCCGCUAAACGCCGCAACAGUGAGGAUUCGGAGCUCUGUAGUCCGACGAAGAAGAUCCAGACCAGGGCUAACACCCCUGAGGUCGACUCAGAAAAGAUGAGGAGGACACCAAGCGAUUCCUGA